GCUCGAUUGUGGCAGUAUGGUACUCGCGAUCGUGUGGCUGUUCAGCCGGAUGUUCUCUAUCAGAAUACAGCAGUCCCUCCGACACCAAUUGUGGACAAAGCAGUUGACUGUGUUUUGAAUAAAUUCGUGCGAGCAGCGAUGAAUAAAGUGAAAUGCCCGAUUUAUAGCAUAUGUUGGACACCAGAAGGGAAGCGGUUAAUAACGGGUGCAUCAACCGGUGAAUUUACGCUCUGGAAUGGCACAGCAUUCAAUUUUGAGACAAUCCUCCAGGUACUUGUGGCUGCUUUCACAUCAUCGUCGUUAUCAGCAUCGUCAUCGUUAUCAUCGUCUUCAAUUCCUCUCUUUUCCGCGUUUGUUCCGUUUUGCUCAUUUCUUGCCUGA